UUGAGCUGAAUAUUAAAUUUUAGCUUGAGUUACUUUAGAGGAGACGGAUGUCUGAACAGUGAGAAAAAUGCAUUUCGAGACUUGAAGCCCCUCGGUUUCUCAGAUCUCAACUUCAACCACAACAACUUUCACUACGCAUACUAUGUCCCUCAUUCGAUGACCGCGCUUGGGAGGCAUUCGGAGUUCAGGAUAGUGACCCGAGUGCACUCGUGUCUUCUGGUAUCCACGCGAACUCAGGCGCGUCGGCCAUACAAGACGCAUCAGCCCGCACCGAAAGAGUCGGAUCACGCAUUGGUCCACCCCAAGCCGGCGAUGUCAACAGCAACCGCCGACCAUCAUUCUAUUCAUCAACUACGUUCCGUCAAUCUUCCCUCAUUUGAAGGAUUCAUCGGAUUUCUUUUCUAUCCUCUCGAUGCUCACAAUGGCCCUCGCGGGGUUUUGUAUCUGGCGCUGAACCACCGUUAUUGGAGCAAUUCAAACACCCUUUUGUUCCUCCUAAUCGCGUGGUAUGUCGUGGUGAUCGAACUUUACAAACCCCAUCCUGUCUGGGACACAUUUCAAGCCACCGUCGGCGUGAAGGUCAUCCGUUGGAUCAUCGUGGUCAUGGUUGCGAUCGCGUUUGGGUUCUUCUGUGCCUGUGUAGGAUUCGAAGUCAAAUAGCGGCUGUUGUGCCAUUUCAGAAACGCCGCCACCGUUAUUCGGUCUUGUGGUGGCGUGGGUUUGAAUUGUUGUGUAAGGGCCUCAGGCUGUUGUGAGAACUGGGUAGGCUGUUGCGAUGGAGUCUUAGGCUGUUAUCGCGCGACGUGGUUAAACUGUUGUGGCGCGGCGCACACCUGCCUGCACCACCGUCAUCUG